AUGGAGCUAGCGGGCCAUGUCAGCGGCUAUAACGACCCCAGAGACGGGCCCCUGCGCUGGGGGAGAGCGGUGCCGCCUGGGGGGAGAGUGCAGACCGCGGGAGGGAGUGAGGGCGAGCGAGCGGAACGGCCACCUCCUCCUGCUGCAGAGAACAAAGAAGACGAGGAGGAAAGAGGAAGUGAUUGUGAUGUUGGGAAAGUUGUGGUGACGACAGAAGAAGAGACGGACACAGAGCAGGUGUGA